AUGAUGCAGCACCAGUACUGGGUAACAAAAAAGACUGUAUUAAAAAAAUUAGGAACCAAAGAAGAUGAAUGUAUUGUCGCUUCCGACGCUGAGCUCGAUGCUAAAUUGGAAUUAUUUCGAUCCAUAUCGGACAGCUGCUUACAAUUACAGCGAGUGUUGGACCAAUAUCAGGAAAGAUUGUGUAUUUUAGCUCAAGAAGAAAACGCUUUAGGUAAAUUUUUAAGAGAUGCUGGAAAAAAUUCCGAUGCUUCUGGUAAACACAUGGUUUCUGCAGGAAAAGCGAUUUCAUAUUCCGGCCAGCAGCGAUUAUCGGUGAGAGGCCCAUUGUUGAGGCUUUAUCAUGAAGUUGAGACGUUUCGGGGUCGCGCUGUAAGUGAUAUGCGGGCUACUGUGUCUGCUAUGGAGAAGGCUCGUAUUGAAUACCGUGCGGCGUUGAGUUGGAUGAAGUCGACAAGCGCGCAACUAGAUCCUGAUACGGGACGUGGCCUUGAUAACUUCCGAAAAGCCCAGCGGCAAGUACGCGAGAGCAAAAAGUUGUUUGAUAAAUUAACACUUGAUGUUUUGCAGAAGAUUGAUCUACUAGCUGCAGCAAGAUGCAACAUGUUUUCCCAUGUCCUCUCUAACUACCAGUCAUCCUUUGUGACAUUUGCCACAAAAGUAUCACAAACAUUAGUUGCUACAGCUGACACCAUGAAUGCAACACCUCAGUAUGAGUUCUGCAUUCUAAAAGAAUUAUCACAAAGCUUAGAUGAGGGUGACAAUAAGCAAGAUGUUCCACCACAGGAUAAGGAUCAAAUGUUAUUUUUCCAGGAUGAAUAUAAAGAUGAAAAACCAGAAAAUAGUACCAACAAUACUGACAUACCCAAAAGCAACAACGAAUCUAAAAAUCAGCCGUCCAUAGAAGAAUUGCAGCAGCAGGAUGCUUCUCUAAACCUGAUUGAUACAAGUUGCUUAGAACCCGAACAAGCUCAAGGGAAUUCAGGCAUACUUUCUGAUCUGGCAGGCUUACGUCUAGACUGUGAUGACCCAGCUUUUGGAGCUUUUAUGCCAUCCCAAUUGUUACAGAAUUCAUCAAAUGUCCUCGAAGCUGCCAUGACUCCAACACCCGGCAAAAGCGACCCUCCAGAAAUACCAAAGCCGAGUGCAUCUUCUGUCGUACCUAAGAAAGAUGACAAAGCAGCAUGGUUCAAACUGUUCGCCGAACUCGACCCCUUAGCCAAUCCAGAUAGUCUGCUUGGUUCUAACACUAACCAGAGUCACGCUGCUUGA